AUGUCAGACCGCGAGGACAGCGUCGAGGCCGAGCCCCCAUCUAUAGACCCCUAUGAGGUCCUCGGACUGGAGCGCACUGCGACGGCAGACGACAUCAAGAAAGCAUACCGCAAGGCCGCGUUGAAGCACCAUCCAGACAAGGUGGCCGAUUCCGAGCGCGCCCAAGCCCACGAAACAUUUCAGUCUGUCGCGUGUGCCUACGCGGUGCUGUCCGACCCGGCCCGCCGGAAGCGCUACGACACAACCGGUUCUACGGCCGAGUCCAUCAUCGACACGGACGGAUUUAACUGGAGCGACUUUUACCGCGAGCAGUUCAAGGACGCCAUCUCCAGUGACGCGAUUGAGCUGUUUUCCCGCACGUACAAGGGCUCCGACGAGGAACAGGACGAUGUGCUGGCCGCCUACGAGCAGUGCGCUGGCGACCUGGACGCCCUCUUUGAACACGUAAUUCUGAGCAGCGUCGUCGAUGACGAGGAGCGCUUCCGCGCAAUAAUCGACAAGGCUAUCCAGGACGAGGACGUGCCCGCCUUCAAGGCCUACACCAAGGAGCCCAAGCUGAAGCGCGCCGCCCGUCUCAAGCGCGCGCGCGGCGAGGCUGCCGAGGCCGAGGACUAUGCCAAGGAGCUGGGCGUGCACGAGCAGAUUUUUGGCGGCAAGAAGGGCAAGAAGAAUGGCAAGGCCGGCAGCUCAGAGGAUGCUCUGGCGGCCCUGAUACAGAAGAGACAGCAGAACCGCUCGGAGAGCUUUUUUGACCACCUCGAGGCCAAAUAUGGGGCUCCGGGCAAGGGGAAAAAGGGCAAGAAAAGAGUGGUGGAGGAAGAGCCCUCGGAGGAGGCUUUCGAGGCGGCCGCCGCCAAACUCAAGAGUGGCUCCAAGAAGCGCCGGAACUAG